AUGGACAGGACAGAAGGGGACGCGUGUGGGAGAGAGUCUUUUGCGGGAAGCACUCACGGUCUUCCCACCGAGCUCUCCGUGAGCGGGGAUAAAAAUCCCCGGGAAUCCAGCCGCGUUGGACGGAUUCGCCUGCGGGCCGGGUUUUUUGGGGCCGAAACGGGCGGAUUUCGCCUCCAGUGGCUGAGCAGCAGCGCUUCCUCGGGGGAACACCCCCGGGCAGGGAUACGUGUCCCCCAAAACGCGCCCGUCCGGUCCGGUCCCGUCCGUCUGGGCAGGAGGAGCGGCGGGGGCUCCCCGCGAGCGGGGCUCGCUCCCGGCGCCGCCAGGACCCCCCGGCCCGGCCCGGCCCGGCCCGGCCCGGCCCGGCCGCCCCCCGCGCUCUCUAUGCGGGCGCUGCGCCCUCCCCGCGCCGGGCCAUGGGUGAGUGCGGCCCCGCACGGGCUCCGGGACGCUCCGGGACGGCUCCCGGCGGAGCAGGGCACCGGGAAGGGGCAGGAGGCGGCCGGGGCUCCAUCCCCACCCCGCGGGCACCACGGCCGCUCCCACCCGCGCCAAUGCGUGCCGUGCCGAUCCGUGCCGUCCCGCCCCGCAGAGCACACCUACGGCGAGGUGAACCAGCUGGGCGGCGUCUUCGUGAACGGGCGCCCGCUGCCCAACGCCAUCCGCCUGCGGAUCGUGGAGCUGGCGCAGCUCGGCAUCCGGCCCUGCGACAUCAGCCGCCAGCUCCGCGUGUCGCACGGCUGCGUCAGCAAGAUCCUGGCCCGCUACCACGAGACGGGCUCCAUCCUGCCCGGGGCCAUCGGCGGCAGCAAGCCGCGGGUCACCACGCCGGCCGUGGUCAAGCACAUCCGCGACUACAAGCAGGGCGACCCCGGCAUCUUCGCCUGGGAGAUCCGCGACCGCCUGCUGGCCGACGGCGUGUGCGACAAGUACAACGUGCCCUCGGUCAGCUCCAUCAGCCGCAUCCUGCGCAACAAGAUCGGCCCGCUGGCCCCCGCGGGGCCUCCGCCGGCCGCGCUGCCCUGCGCGCACAUUUACCAAUACCCGUACCCGGGCCCGGCCGCGCCGCCGCCCGCCAAGGCCGCCCCGCACCCCGCGCCGCACCUCGGGGCGCCCCCGGUGCCGCUGCCCCGCUCCUGGCCCUCGGCGCACUCGGUCACCAACAUCCUGGGCAUCCGCACCUUCGUGGAGCAGGCGGGGGCUCUGGCUGGCACCGAGGGGGCCGCGUACCCCCCGAAAAUGGAGGAUUGGCCCCCGGGAGUGAACAGGAGCGGCUUUCCCGGGCCGGGCCAGGCGGUCAACGGGCUGGACAAGGCUGCCAUGGACACGGGGGACAUCAAAUACCCGCAGCCCGGCGCGGGGCUCUCCUCCAUGGGCACCUUCCUGCCGGCCUGCGCGUACCCCCCCUCCAGCCAGCCCGGCGUCUACGGCGGCUCCCCCGGCGCCUACAUCGGGCCGGGCCCGCCCUGGCAGCCGCCGGGGAACCCCCUGGGCCACCACCACGGCGAGCUGGCCAUGGCCUUCAAGCAGCCCGGCGGCCAAGGGGUGGACAGAAAAGCGCCCAGCCCCGCGGGGAAAGCUGCGGAGCCCCUGAGCGCCACGCACGGCAUCAUCGCCAUCCCGACCUCCUCGUCCUAG